AUGCCAGGCUCGUCUCUUUGGCUGCUUCCACCAGUAGAUCAUCCUUUGAACGAGGUCAUCCCGCAUGUUAUCGACGGAAUAUCGGAACAGUUCCACUCGGAGUUCCACCGCUUCCUUCCCCACGUCACUCUGACUUCAGAAAUCUAUCCAUCGAAGUAUGGCUCGGAUCCUCAGGCUUGGCUUGAAUCACUCGACCUGCCAUCUGGAAAUGGUGUACAGGUCAGAUUCGAGCGUCUAGGUAGUGAAGAUGUCUUCUUUCGGAAGUUGUACAUCAAGUGCGAGAAAGCUGAGGGGAUCAAGCAACUAGCUCACCAGUGUCGAAAACAUGUCAAUGGAUUUGAGGAAGAGACUAAGUUGAGGGCUUGGACAGAAGAGCAAUACAUGCCCCAUCUGAGUUUGUUGUACCACGACUGUCCACAAGUUGAUGCGACAGGACUAGCAUCAGUGGACAUGCUUGACAUCAACCUUGAAGGUGAAGGGAAACUGGGGGGCUGGUGUGGCGGCAGAGUGGUACUAGUACCCACCGAUAAGCCAGUUGAUCAAUGGCGACCUAUAGGUGAACGGGUACUUUGA